UAGAUAGUAAAUCAAUAAAAAGUAAUUAUUUUAGUUUAAAUUUAAGUGAAGUCAGAAUUUAGAGGAAAUUCGGUUUAAAUUGGAGACUAUUUUAAAUUAAAAGUCAGUCACGUAAACAGAGCGGGCUGAACACAGAGAAUACCCGCCUGUUUUGGGCCGGAUUCACCUCCUCUUCUACAAAGAAGUGAGGGAUAAAUGUAUAAAUAUAUGUUUUUUAAUAAUAUUCGCUGAAUUCUCUGAAUUAUCCCCGGUUUUCUGGGUUUUUCAGCGUCACGGCCGGCCGGGUCGGGUGUUAAUUAGGGACCGGUGUGUGAGUGAGAGGGCGGCGGAAGUGUAUCCGGGGCUGAUCUGAGCUCUGCGGGCAGUAAGCUGAAGUUAAAGUGUGCCGGUUUCUCCGCGAUGGCUCCGCCGCCGUGUGUUCCGUUCCCCCGCUUCACCGCGCUGGUGCCGGUGGCGGUGGUCGUGCUGUGGGUGGUCGCGGGGUCGGGCCUGGCGCUCCUCGGUAACGGGGUGCAGCCGGACAGCCUGGCUCAUCACGGGAACAUCCUGAGCCCGCUGCUGAAAGCCCUGUCCGAGCAGGAGCCGUGGGGGGCCGCGGAACCCCGGACCCGGCCCCGGCCCGACUCCCGGUACGUCCGUUUCAUGAAGCGGCUCUACAAGCUCUCCUCCAGACCCGAGAGGAGCCACGAGACCGAGCAGCUCUACAACACCGUGCGCCUCAUCACCCCCAGACAGGAGUGCCUGAGCCACAGCACAGACUAUUUCACACAGGACAUCUCCUACAGCUUGGACCGCGUCCGAGCCCAGGAGCACCUACUCAAGUCUGUGCUACUCUACUCCGUCAACCACAACCUUGCAGCCUCCCUCGCCUCCAUCUGCUACCUGCACGUGAAGGAGCACAUGCCCUCAGACGACCGCUUCUGCCUACACCCCCACAGCUCCUCCCGCCUGGCCACGGCAGUCACCUUCCACGUCCGGUCGGAGAGAGCUGGUCGGCGCAAGUGGGCAGAGGUGGACGUGACCCCCUUCCUCCAACCGCUGAUCCGGAGCCACAGGAAGGACCUCCACCUGCUCCUCAACCUCACCUGCCUAGAGCACGGGAUCCACGGACGCCCUGGUAGAAGCCCCCUGGAGCUCUCGCACGUGGCACCAUCGCUUCUGUUGUAUCUCAACGAUACCAGUGAGGUGGCCUAUCGGAGGAGCUCUGCACACAGCAGGUUCGGAAGCUUCAGAUCAAAUCACUGGGAUGCAAAGCCCCUCCGGCACGAUCACCAUUCCGGAUCAGAGCAGCACACAUGGAGGGAUCGCAGGAGCACUCUGAACAGCACUCAGGAACCCAAUACCAACCUGUCCAGCUACGAGUUCCCCACGGAUGAAUGCGACCUCUACGACGUCAGGGUGAGUUUCAGCCAGCUCAAACUGGACCACUGGAUCAUAGCACCCCACAAGUACAACCCCAGGUACUGCAAGGGGGUCUGCCCCAGGGCAGUGGGCUACAUCUACGGCUCGCCCGUGCACACCAUGGUGCAGAACAUUAUCUAUGAAAAGCUGGACUCCUCCAUCCCCAGGCCUUCAUGCGUUCCUUCAGAAUACGACCCCUUGAGUGUUUUGACCAUUGAGAACGAUGGAUCCAUUGCCUACAAGGAAUAUGAGGAGAUGAUUGCUACUAAAUGUACCUGCCGGUAAGGCUUAAAUCUAUCUGUAACAAGAGGUUUCGUAAAAAGAAAACGUUUGCACUUACCGUACAAAUUUCAGGCGAGACGCUGAGAUUGUUUUCUCACUGUUUCAUUCACCAUAGCCAUUUAAUCCAUCCCGACAGUGUUAGUUGAAUGACCUCGGUAAUAUUUUCUCAUUUCUCUCAAAAAGUCACGUUUGUGUGUAUAAAAAAGUUGAGCAGGUGACUAGAUGAGAAAAAAGCUUUAUGUUUAACGCGUAUGAAUACGAUUAAUAUUAAUAUUAAUUAAUAAUACGAAGUUAAUUAUUUAAUUUAUGUUCUUGGUGGUUGUGUCUCAGUUCUCCGCAUGCUUGAACACAAAUGGCAGAAGUUUUAAACAAAUCUAGUUCUGGACCGAUUAUGAAAAGUGUAGUCCUGUUCUUCUUAAUGGAACACUUUUACAGUCGUUUUUAAUACCUGUGGAUUGCAGCGGUUGUCGGAACGGCAACCUCUCUCUUCAUGAUGUCCAGAAAGUAAGUUGCCCUAAACUAAGGACAACUUGAUGAGCGAAUGAAAUGCUCGAAGGCAUUUGAUCAUUGUGUGCCAAACGGUUUAUAGCAGAAUACAUUUAAUGUGUGUAUUUAUGUCAUUUGUCUGUGUGCCUUGUUCUGGUUGGCUCUGAUUUCACACCAAAAUAUGAUCUUUUGAUAGAUUCAUAAAAAAAAUGUGAAAUAAAAAAAAACAAAGCAA